UCCUGCCCCAACAGCAAAAGCCUCAAUGCACGCUGCACAAAAACUCCUCCUGGUUUUCUCCUCACACGCUUCGAAGCCUCGGCACAGAAACAACGUCGCUAGUUUUAGAGUUGGAAGAAAUCAACAUCAAGAUGGAGGAAGAGAUGGAGGAUCAGCGCAGACUGCUGGAUUUUACCCGGAUACCGAGGAUCAUCUUACACCGGAUAGAUCUCCGACAUUGUUCUGUGUGUGAAGACGACGGGAUUUUCAAUGAACUCAGCAACCAGGAGGGGAACUUCACUUUAAAACAAGAGGAACCAGAACCUCUGCAGAUAAAACAGGAACCAGAACCUCUGGAGAUAAAACAGGAGCAAGAAGAACCACAACAUCAAGAGUACAAAGAGGAAGAGAAGCAACUCUGCAUCAGUCAGGAUGAAGAGCAUCUUGUGCUGAAACAGGAGACUGAUUACAUUUUGGUGAUUCCUUUUAAUGUGCAAAUAAUCCACAAUGAAACAGAACCACAGAGGAACCAACUCAUCUCUCAUGACUCUGCUGAGGAUGAAAACCGGGAUCAGGAAGGAAGCGAUUCUGAAGAGCCAGGAAAAAUAAGAGAUGAGAAGCAGAAACGAAAUGAAAUAUGUCAGAAAACCAAACAGCUGAAAAGCACAGCUGAGAGUUCAAAACAAAAAAUACACAAGAAGGCUCAUCCACACCAAAAAUUAUAUCAUUGUAAAAUUUGUGAUGAAUCCUUUAAUCAAGUAAAUGUAUUGACAACACACAUGAGCACUCACAUGGGCAAAAAGCCCUUCACAUGUUCAAUCUGUGGAAAAUGUUAUGGCCACAAGGCUGGUAUAAUUUAUCAUAUGAAAGUUCACUCAGGUGAGAAGCCUUUCUCUUGUGGCACUUGUGGAAAAAGUUUCAUAAUCAAAUGUAAUUUAGUUAGUCACAUGACAGUUCACACAGAUGAGAGACCUUUCUCAUGUGAGACCUGUGGAAAAGGCUUUCGAUCCAAAUCUCAGUUACUUUUUCACAUGAAGAUUCACACAGGCGAGAAGCCUUUCUCAUGUGAGACCUGUGGGAAAGGCUUUCGAGCCAAAUCUCAGUUACUUCUUCACAUGAAGAUUCACACAGAUGAGAAGCCUUUCUCAUGUGAGACCUGUGGGAAAGGCUUUCGAUCCAAAUCUCAGUUAGUUGUUCACAUGAGGAGUCACACAGGUGAGAAGCCUUUUUCAUGUACAAGCUGUGAAAAAAGGUUUACCAGUAAAGAAAAUUUAACUGAUCACAUGAGGAUUCACACAGGUCAGAAGCCUUUCUCAUGUGGGACUUGUGGAAAACGUUUCUAUCGACAAUGCAGUCUAACUUGUCACAUGAGAAUUCAUACAGGUGAGAUGCCUUUCAAAUGUACAAGCUGUGGAAAAAGCUUCAGAAACAGAAGUGGUUUAUAUCCUCACAUGAUGACGCAUGCUAAUGAGAAGCCUUAUUCUUGUGGGACCUGUGGAAAAAGGUUCCGUCAAAAAGGCACUUUAACUAGUCACAUGAGGACUCAUACAGAUGAAAGGCCUUUCUCAUGUGGGACCUGUGGAAAACGUUACAAAAACAGAAACAGUUUAAUUGGCCACAUACAGACACAUACUAGUGAGAAGCUUUUCUCUUGUGGGACCUGUGGAAAAGGGUUCCGUCAAAAAGAGUAUUUAACUUCUCACAUGUUGACUCAUACUAGUGAGAAGCUUUUCUCUUGUGGGACCUGUGGAAAAAGGUUCCGUCAAAAAGGCACUUUAACUAGUCACAUGAGGACUCAUACAGAUGAAAGGCCUUUCUCAUGUGGGACCUGUGGAAAAAGUUACAAAAACAGAAACAGUUUAAUUGGCCACAUGUGGACUCAUACAAGUGAGAAGCCAUUUUCUUGUGGGACCUGUGGAAAAGGUUUCCAUAAAAAAGGUCAUUUAAAUGAUCAUAUGAGGACUCAUACAGAUGAAAGGCCUUUCUCUUGUGGGACAUGUGGAAAAGGUUUCCACCAAAAAAACAUUUUAACUUCUCACAUGAGGAUUCAUACAGAUGAGAAGGCAUUUUCUUGUGGGUUUUGUGGGAAACGUUUCCGUUGGCAAAGCAAUUUAACUGGUCACAUGAGAAUUCAUACAGAUGAGAAGCCAUUCUUAUGUGGGACUUGUGGAAAAGGUUUUCGUUGCCAAAGCAGUUUAACUGUUCACAUGAAGACUCACACAGAUCAGAAGCCUUUCUUAUGUGGGACUUGUGGAAAAAGUUUCCGUUGGCAAAGCAGUUUAACUGGUCACAUGAAGACUCAUACAGGAGGAUCAGAAUAAUCUGACCCUCAAGUACCAAAACACACUAACUCACAGCUUGGAAGCAGAGUAAUUACAGCUGGGUAACAUUUCUAUAAUGUAGCAGCUUGGAGAAGAAAACCAGUUGAAAUAGGGCGUUUAUCUAACAACCAAAACUUUCACUUUAUUCUGUCAGUUUUAUCUUUUCAUUUAAAAUGGUUUUUAUCUUGAAGUAACAAUAGAUGUGAAUGUUUUCAGAUUUAGACUUGUAAAGCUGUUAUUGUAUGGCUAUUCCUUAUGCUUUGUUUUAUUUCAUUAAUUUUGGUCAGAGGAUGCAUGUUAGCUGUAACUAUAUGAACUGUUGGCGUAGGUAUAUUUUUGGGCCUAAACAAUUCCUCGAGUGAUUUGAGUACCUCGAUUAUUAAAGUCCCUCGAGAAAAAUGUAUCUGCCUCUAAGGUUCAUUAAAUUGUAUUUUAUUAUGUAAUGCACGGUUUUCCGGCUGGGUCGUUAUUUGCAUUGCGCAGCGCUCUCACUUCCGCCUGAGUUGUGGACGAACGCGAACCUUAGCAGCAUAAGGUCCAAUUUUCAAGUUCAGCCUGGGAGGAUUUUACUGAUUCAUGAUAAUGUCUGGGUUUUUGUGCAUCGGGGGACCAAUGAGCAUACUUAAAAUGUCGGGAGCGUUCCCUGGAGAACGGCAGCUGUUCUCCGGGAGCUGCUUGUUCAGAGCGACCAGCACGGCGGGAUUAUUUAUACAUGUGAGCAGAUAGACUGAACACUGUGGGCGGCUGUGCUUUACACGAGUAGCUUUACGGACGAACCAGAAAAUAAAUUUCCUAUCAUCCCAGUCGCCACUAACGGGUGGCGUUGCAUACCUGGUAGAUGUUUGUGUGUGUGACGAACGACGGUGCCAAAUCCCGUUGUUGUGCUGAACGUAAACUAUAAAUGUCUGGGCAAUAAUACAUAAACCAAAAACCGGAGUAUAGACAUUUUUUAUAAGUGUAUUUGUGAG